AUGCUAACUCGGUCGCCAACGUCGCCAACCUACAGCCGUCGCAGGGCCAGCAGGGGAGCGCAGGGUGGCGGAGAAAGUCGGGCGACUACUGCAUUCCUCUCCUCCCCUCCUUCCCCUCGCCCGUCCUUUCCUUCCCUCCUUCCCUACAUCUCUCCUUUCCUCCCCUCCUCGCCUCAGGUCUCCCCGUCUCGCAUUCAAGUGCGAAGCGCGGCCGCGGAUUCGUCAAGCGGCCACGGCAGGGCGAGCAGGGAGGCGCAGGCCGCCAAGGAGGCCAUGGAGAUGCUGUGGCGCUCGCACAGCGGGGGCGGUGCUGCUGACGGGCUGAAUCAAAGCGGGGUGAACCACAGCGGAGGAGUGAGCCAUGGUGGGAUGCAGCAGGCUCACGCGCAGCCGCUGUCCAUGCCUGGCGGGGGGUUUGAGUAUGGCGAGGAGGAGGGGGAGGGUGCGGGCCCAGGGGGGUUCACCCCAGAGAGCGUGCGAUCGUUGCUGGAGGCUCUUGAACUGGAGGCGGCAGAGGAGUCGAAACACGCGCUCAGCAUCGUGGACCGCGUGCUGUGGGUGGACAAGCGAGUGCGCGACUACAUGACGCCCAACCCCAUCUGCCUGCACCGUGACAUGUCGCUCCGCGACGCCGCUCAGAUCUUCCUGCGCCAUCGCAUCAGCGGGGCGCCAGUGGUGGAGGAGGCGGAUGCAGAGGUUGACGGGGUGGGGCUGGGCAAGGUGGUGGGUGUGCUGUCUCAGCGCGACAUCAUGUGGAAGGAGCUCCGGACGCAUGGCAUGGCGGAGGAGGAGUUUCUACGGCGCCUGGCCAACUACCAGGACCACCUCAACCAGGGGCCUCGGGUGGACAAGCUGCGCCAGCACCUCAGAAAGGCUGCCUCGCUACGGGUGGAGGAGUCGAUGACGGACACGGUGCUGCAGGUGGAGGAGGACUCGUUCAUGGUGGACGCCACUGAGAUCAUGCUCAACUGCAAUGUGUCUCGCCUGCCUGUGGUGGCGCGGCUCCCGGAUGGUCGCAGGACUCUCACAGGCAUCAUCACAUGCAGCGACAUUCUGCGGCACACGCUGCUGCUGCUCUAG